UAGACACGUGUCGAGUUAGAAAACAAAGAGAGGAGAAAAGAAAAGGAAAAUACAACACAUUCAACAGGCGAGCACAGUGCAGCAAGUGAUUUGAGUUUUGGUUUAAAAAAGCGGAUGCUGUUUAGUUUGUUUCCUACCUUGGUGGUUGGUACUCGAACGCGUUCGAAUGUUGAACACUGAAAGUUUCUCAUAAGUAACUUUCGUACUUAGUUUUUCUGAAGAAUUAAUCAAUUAAAUGUUAAAAAGUUUGUACUACUGUUAAUGUUGUAAAGUUAAAAGUAAACUUUGUGAUCCUCGUGCGGUGUUGGUUUUUUAUAAUCUCGUUUAUAAUAAUAACAAUAAUAAUAACUAAAGACAAAAGUUGAAUUAAAGAACUUUUAAAAGUGUGUUUAGAGUGUUUUAAACUGACGACAAAGACGUUUAUUUUUGUUUCGCUAUUUUUUUGAACAAUUGUUAUUUAACUUUUAUUGAAACAAUUAUUACUGGAUAUAUACAAGAUAGAAAGUGUUUUUAAAGAAUACAUUAAUUUAAUAAUAACAUUGGUUUGCUACUGUUAUUACGUGAUUUGUCCGAAUAAAAACUAUUGUUGAAAAAAACUUUAUAUCGUGUGGUAAAGAAGUACCUCUGAAACAUUUUUUUUUAUCGGCGUGCAAAUAACACCCUGACUAAAAAUAGAUUUUGUAAAGUGUUAAGAUCACGUGAAAAUAUACUUAAUUCAAGAAAAACAUCGUAAUUUUAAUAAUAAACAAAUGGAUGUUCGUCAUUGAGAGACUUUUGACAAAAUAUCUCCUCGUCAACCAGCGAACUUUUUUCUAGACAUUUUAACACACAUGGUGUCCCUGGCACUCUAGUAAAGGGGGAGCCCGGCCAUGCGCCUAGGCCUGGCUUCUCUGCUGGUCCCACUACUACUGUGUCUCUCGCAAACUCCCUCCAUCGCCGAGUCCGUACUGCCUCCUGAUUGGGCCCCGGCGACAUCAGAGCUACCCUACAACACCGACCAGAUAUCGAACUACUAUUCUUUCCUCAAUGGAUCCUCACCGACAUUUUACGAGAAAGAAAUCAACAAUAGCUUCAGUAAUGAGGACCCGGACAUCAUAUCUUCGAUGGGAACAGAUGACGUCAACAGAGAGAACCUCACCGUGGAAAACCUCAAAAAGGAACCGUCCUCGGAAAAGGUGAAGCUGGUACUUGGGUAUCUGACGGCUGUGAAGGGGGACUUAAAAGAACGACAAGGCAUAGCUAUUUCCGGUGCUAUUUCCAUGGCGAUUGAAGAGAUCAACAAUAACCAAGUUAUACUACCCAAUGUAACUCUUGAUUUGCGAUGGAACGACACGAAAGGAGAUACAGUGCUGGCCACCAGAGCUAUGACCGAUAUGGUUUGCGACGGUGUGGCAGCGUUUUUUGGACCCGAAGGCCCCUGCUAUGUAGAAGCUAUCGUGUCCCAAGCCAGAAAUAUUCCCAUGAUUAGUUAUAAAUGUUCUGAUUACAAAGCCUCGGACGUCCCCACAUUUGCCCGCACCGAGCCGCCAGAUACUCAGGUUACCAAAUCCAUAGUGUCUCUAUUGAAUUACUACAAUUGGAAAAAGUUUUCGAUUGUAUACGAAGAAGGAUGGGACACUGUGGCUCAUUCAUUGGAAAAACAAGCAGCAGCCAAAAAUAUGUCGGUGCAACACAAGAAAAAUGCUGGAGACAGGCAUAAAUGCUGCGAACAGAAUUAUAAGUGUUGUCAGCUGGGGUUUUGGUAUGAUUUUAUUCAAAAUUCGAAGAAUAAAACAAGAAUCUAUAUAUUCCUUGGUACUUCAAUUUCAUUGGUCGAUUUUAUGGGCACAAUGCAGACGGCUCAAUUGUUUGAACAAGGGGAAUACAUCGUGAUUUAUGUAGAUAUGAAUGCCUACCUUCAAAAAGAAGUUCACAGAUAUAUUUUCAAGUCCGAUGAGGUGCAAAAAUUCAAGAACUGUCAUGAACUAUCAGACUCUUCUAGUUUGGUAAAACGCGUCAAAUCGUUAUUUGUCGUGGUGCCCACGGCACCUACGGAGAACUACAAGACUUUUUCCGAAAAAGUGCGAGAUUACAGCAACAGGGAGCCAUUUAAUUUUCAAACAUCAAGUUUUCUAACUGAACAUAGUAAACGACUUUUUCAAUUAGAAAAGUUUGUCAGUAUUUAUGCGGCCUAUUUAUACGACUCUGUGAAACUUUAUGCCUCAGCACUUCAUCAUUUACUGGCCAAAGAACCCAUAAUUAAUGAUAAAGUGAUAAGGGAUAUUUCCACCAAUGGUACCAGAAUUAUUGAAACGAUUAUUACCAUCAAUGAAACCUACAGAAGUAUAACAGGAGCUGUCAUAAAACUUGACAAAAACGGCGAUUCCGAAGGCAAUUUUUCAGUACUGGCCUAUAAGGAGACAGAGGAAAUUCAUUUGUAUAAUAAUUUUACUUGUACGUUCCAUUUAGCGCCUGUAGGUCAAUUCUACCAAUCCGAAGAGUCCGCAUAUCCGCAAUACAAAAUCAAUCCCAAUACCCAAAUUCUCUGGGCAGGAACUGAUAAACCGAAUGACGAACCCAGCUGUGGUUUUGACAACAAACUUUGCCAGAAAACUGACACUCAUCGAAACAGCAUUAUUGUUGCUGGUAUUUUGGCUGUACUGCUCUUUUGCGCAGGCGUUAUCACCAUGAGUAUUUAUAGAAAGUGGAAGAUUGAGCAGGAAAUCGAGGGACUUCUAUGGAAAAUUGACAGAGAUGAUAUACAUACAUAUUAUGAUAGGGAUAUUGGAUCUAGUCCCAGUCGGCUUAGUUUAUGUAGCGCCAGUGUUACCUCGUACGAAUCCAAGGGAGGACUACAAGUAUUCACUACAACAGCCCAAUACAGAGGGGUGGUGGUAAGAAUUAAAGAUCUGACAUUUUCUCGCAAGAAGGAUAUUUCCAGAGAAGUGAUGAAGGAAAUGAGGCUGUUGAGGGAAUUGAGGCAUGACAACGUCAAUUCCUUCAUAGGGGCUUGUGUUCAACCCACAUCCUUGUUGCUAGUCACGGAUUAUUGUGCCAAAGGAAGUUUAUAUGAUAUUAUAGAGAACGAGGAUAUUAAGUUGGAUAAAAUGUUCAUCGCUUCAUUAGUUCAUGAUCUCAUUAAGGGGAUGCUUUACUUACAUCAUUCAAUGUUAUUGUGCCAUGGUAACCUGAAGUCAUCGAAUUGCGUCGUAACUAGUCGAUGGGUGCUGCAAGUUACCGACUUUGGGCUGAUCGAAUUGCGCCAAUUUGCUGCCAUCGACAGCGAGGAAGAACAUCAGACUUAUAGAAAUUUGUUGUGGAAAGCACCUGAAAUACUCAGGUACCCCGAAGCAUUUCCUCGAGGCUCUCAGAAAGGCGACGUCUACGCGUUUGGUUUAAUAUUAUAUGAAAUAAUCGGUCGGAGAGGACCUUUCGGUCCGGUGGACAAUGAACCAAAAGAUAUAGUACUAUCUAUAAAGGAGCCCAAAGAGGGACAACCGCUAGUACGUCCAGACGUAGAGCUACUCUACGAUUCAGAAAUUGGCUGUGAUGAUUAUGUGUUAGAAGUGAUGCAAGAAUGCUGGUCGGAGUAUCCAGAACAACGGCCAGAUUUCGCUACUGUUAGAUCUAGACUAAAGAGGAUGAAGGAGGGAAAGAGCAAAAAUAUAAUGGACCAAAUGAUGGAUAUGAUGGUUAAAUACGCCAAUAAUUUAGAAGAGUUGGUAAUGGAACGUACAAGGCUUCUGUUCGAAGAGAAAAAUAAAGUAGAAGAUCUGCUUCAUAGGAUGCUUCCAAAGCCUGUAGCUGCAAGACUUACAAAAGGUUACGGCAUAGAACCAGAAUCUUUUGAUUUAGUUACGAUUUAUUUUAGCGACAUAGUAGGUUUUACUUCUAUGUCGGCUGAGAGCACACCUUUACAAGUAGUUAACUUUCUCAAUGAUCUCUACACAGUAUUUGACCGAAUUAUCAAAGGGUACGAUGUCUACAAGGUUGAAACUAUCGGAGACGCAUACAUGGUGGUAUCUGGACUGCCAAUUAGAAACGGUGAUAGGCAUGCGGGCGAAAUAGCUUCCAUGGCAUUGGACUUACUUUCUGCCGUUAAAAAUCAUUCCAUAGCGCACAGACCAAAUGAAACAUUGAAACUUAGGAUAGGAAUUCAUACAGGUCCAGUUGUUGCCGGAGUUGUAGGGCUAACUAUGCCCAGAUACUGCCUCUUCGGCGACACGGUGAACACCGCGUCCAGGAUGGAGAGUAACGGCGAACCUUUGAAAAUUCACAUCAGCAUGCAAUGCAAAGAUGCCCUGGAAAAGGUCGGUGGUUACGUCAUUGAAGAAAGAGGGUUGGUCAGUAUGAAAGGCAAAGGCGAAGUGGAGACGUUUUGGUUGGUGGGAGCAACGGAACAAGCUAUUCAACCGAGAGAGGUGGAUUUGACUGAGCUACCGCCGCUGUUUUGCAGGCCCAGAAGGAGUCCAAAAUUGAACAAUGAAUCCAGGCAGGCGUCGAUCAUUGGUGGGUUCAACGGGUUGAAUAGUCGGAGACACUCGAGUGUACCUAGAGGUACCAGCAUAGACAUCGAAAGCUGCUCGACAUUGCAGAAUUAUAGUCCGGUGGUGCAAUCCCGUAAUUUUCUCAAAGUUAACAGAAACAACUUGCAUGUUCCAGACCCUAUAGGGUCCAAACUAACGAUCAAUACGGCAUUCGGAAGUCAACUGAUCGAAGCCCCUGAAGAGGGUAGACCAAAACCACGACCUAGACGGGUUCUGUCCAGUAUAGCUUCAAGCUCCGAAGAACCCCAUAAGAGUUUUGGUGGCCUAAACAAAAUCAGAGAGUUCAAGUCCUUGGAUCCAUUGCCUUUGUUAGGAAGGAAGUCAAAUAAACCACCCGACCUGAUAGAUGCCUUUUUACAGGGCAGGAGACGUUCAACCAAAAGCUUAGAUAACUGUGAUAAGUGCGGGGAUAUUCAGAUAAUAGCAAUACCGACUGACAAAAUGGUGAAUAACAAUUUCCAGAAUGGUAAUUUGCUAAAUGUAAUGCCAGAAGAGAUGCAUGGUUUUAUAGAGGACGCGCAGGUACCUUUGCUGAGCCCACCCAAAGUACAAAAUCCUGUUAUAGUUAGGCGAAGAGGAGGCAGCGACUUUAAUGAUUUUCUAGGCAGUGAUUCGUCAAAACCAAAACUAACACAUUCUUUGGAUGCUCUGCCAACACUGGACUAUCAAAACAGAUUAGUGCAGAAGACUUCCUUCAAAAAAUGGUUGGUUGGAAUUUUUAAUGGCAACAGUUUGAAAUCUAGCGACACCUCGUUGCGAAAAGGCGUCUUGAACGAGUUGAACGAUUAUAACAAUUUACAACAGCCCGACACUGAGAGUAUGGUUUAAAAGCAAUCAUACAAAACUAAACAUUGAGAAAAGUUUCAUCGAUAAACUUUUCAACUUUACUGAAUGAAAAAACAAGAAGGAAAUGAUUAUUAUUCGAUAUUUUAUGCGAUUUAUUAGAUAGUUACAUGGUUCUAGAGUACCCAAUACUUGAGGAAAAUGACAAAGUUAGAAUAUUUUCUUAAAACAGGAGAGUAAACAAACUAAGAUAGUUUUUAGUUGCUACAUUUUGACUUACUUUAUUUGGUAUAUAGGUAAAAAAAAAAGUUUUCAAAAAACUUUAAUUUUAUGUCUGAAGGUUUACCUAUCUUCUCAAAACCUUGUAGCGUGUUAUAAGAGUUUUUAUUGUUGCUUGAACGUUUUAUUAUAAAUUAUUUGUUUUGACUUUUUAAUUGUAUAUUUUACUCUUUUUAUAAUGUAUUCUAAAAAUGGAAACGGUAACUCCCCAGAGCUGUGUAUGAGUUUGUGAUAUUUUUUAUACUAAAAGAUUUUAACAAUUAGCUCCAAGAGCUAGAAAAAUUUAAUUAUUAUAUUUUUUUAUUUUUUUUACCACUUUCGUGCGUGCCGAAAAAGUAAGUCUUGAUGCAUCACAAUCAAUGGUUGGAUGGCAAAAAAAAAUUAGUCAAAGAGAAAAAAAUCCCAGUGUAGAUAGCACUAAACUUUAGUCACUAUAUAGAAUACAAAAUACUUGAAAUAAGGAUUUCUACUUAAUGUUUAAGUUUUUAUAUGCCUAAAUUAAUUUAACAUUAUUACCUACAUUAUGCAAGAUGUUUUUAAAAUAGCACUUUUUAUACAAGUGCUUUGGUGACUCAAGUUGUAAACGAGUAUAAAGAAGUUUUUGUCUAUAGAAAGUACUACAUGGUUGUAUGUAACCUAUAGAUUUUUAAUGGCUGUCUGAGAACUCAAAAGCCCUCUCACAGAAUAUGUAUUUUCUCAAGCUUCUCUUAUAGCAUCUAAUAUUAUUAUCGUGAGAAAAUCUUAUUACGCAUGAAAACGUCUCAUUUCAAUUAAAUAGGGUUUUCGACAAUGCUCAAAGCAGUCAUAGAAUUAAUGUUUAUCAAUGUGCUUUGUAAUUCAAUGUCAAACAGUUUCUGAAACAAAUUUUAUUUUUAUUUUGCGAAUAAAUGUUCUUAUUUUUUCAAUUAUAAUAAAUGUUAAAGGUACCUAUGUCUCAAACUAUGUGUGUUUUAAAAAUAAAUGUAAAACAGACCCGAUCAGUUAGAGGGUUUAAUACUAGCUUAGUGUUUGAAGGGUAUUGGAUUCAUAAUUUAGAGAAUAAAUUACCACUGUCUGGACCAGUUUUUUUUUUCUAUUUUUGAUUUAUGUCGAUUUUUUUUCCAAAAGCAAACUUUUGUCAUAAUUGUAAUAAGGAAUAGUCUCAUAUACAUAUAUCAUACAUACUGCUUACAGGUUUCAUUUAUAAAAUAAAUCAGGAUUAUUCCUGAGAUGAUUACAGGAACAUAAACAAACGUAUAAAACUGCCAAUGUCCAAUAAUUUUCGAUAUCUUCAGUACAAAAGCUUAACACUAAAUGAAUUUCAGAAAAAAAUAGGCAAUCAUCAUCGUAAAUCUGCUUUUCUUGAUCUUUGCAAGUCCAAAUAUUUUGUCCAUAAAACAUCCUCGUCAAACCUUGGCUUUUUGAAGUGAUCAUCUGCAGACUAAUAGGAAUCCGUUUCAUUUGAGAUAAUGUCUUGGUUUACACAAGUUUUGCUACAUUUGAGAUAAUGUCUUGGUUUUCACAAGUUUUGCUAUAUUUGCACAACAUUUGUUCCAAGUGCUGCCACCAACUAAUAAAUAUUUUGAUCCUCGGAUUCAGUGUCCAUAACAUGCAAAUUAUUACUUCCCAGCAGUUGCAGUUUAGUUUUCCUUUCUCUCAGGAGAAUGCGCCUUCAGAAUAUUUCUUGAGGUCAUCAGGAAAAUUGUUUUUGAUGUCUUCAUCAAGUCCACAAUUCCUCUGAGCAAUAAAUGUUUAGUCCCUCCAAACUCGUUUAUUUGAAUUAUCUUAAUUUGGGUUCGUUUUUGUGAUGCUGCAUCUCAGAAGAAAAAGCAUACCUAUCCUUCUCGUCCCAACUAGAAUUUAUGAAGCUAAUAGUUCUUAUCGAUAAUUGUUUACAUUGCUCUCAAAGUGUUCGUUGAUUUAAAAUCCUCUGCUGCUCAGUUAGAAAUACUUCGAAGAAUUCAAGUUAUGGAGGUUCAAAAAAACGAAUUUUAUCAUUUUUCUGAAUGCUGAUUCUAUCAAAUUCAACUACAAAUUGACAGUUUUGACACCAACCAAAUCUUCAAUCCAAUACCCUUAAUGAAACACUCCCAAAGUCCUAUAAUGGUGCAAUAUCCGUAAAUGUAUCAUCACAUGUAUUUGUUUUUGGUUCCGGCAAUAUAUUUUUUAUAGAAUACUUACAUUUUUAUUAUUUAUUUAUCCAUUGAAUGUCAAUUUGUUUUUAUUUUUUAGUUGUAUUUUGUUUGUUUUUCUAAUAUUAAAUAAUAAAGCUUGCACAGCAAAGCAAGUUUCAUUGGUAACUCUUAUUAUUGUUAAUCGCACAGUGCAAAACUACUUCAAUUUGUUCAAUAAAAUGUUAAUUUGCCAGGUUCUGCAUUAAAUUGAGUUUAUUUUAAUUUAGCAUAAGUCAUAUCUUAUAUAAAAAAAAAAAAGGAAAAAUCACCGCAGAUCUGUUUAGCGAACGGUUUUGAAGAAUCAAUUUGUGAACAUGGUUUAAAAAACCAGAUUGUGUUCCGAGGCUGUGAAUAUUUUGGACUUUUGCAAUUUUGUCCUAGUUAUACUUGGCUGAUUUUAUUUCAAUUAUUUUUUCUUGAGUUGAAGAGGACUGGAUAAGAAUAUCCUUUUUCGAUAUUCUGCUGAGAAGCCCAAAUAGAAGUCUCGAUAUAUUGCAGAGUCAUGCUGAGAUUUUAUUUUUCUCUGGCGCUCAGUGAGUGUGCAGGUACUUGUUCUGGAGCUAAAAAGCUCACACGGACCUUCUCUAUAGUUUCAAAUCCUCUGCUGACAUUCGUAUGAAACAUUCCAAAUAUUGAUAUUUCUAUAUUACACCGAAAACAGAACACAAUUUUUAAAGUUGCAAGACAAGUGUUGGUUUGUUUGGAGUAGUUAAAUAAUCAAAUCAAGAAUUCUUACAUUGACAAUAAUAAUUGCAAAAGUCCAGAACGGAGAAUAUCAGUUGUAAAUAGUUAGGCUAAGUAAUAAUUCCUUUGUCGUAAAAAAAAAAAAUAGCUAGUAAGUAGUGGUGUUUAGCAAAGUCAGUGACACCAAAACUUGGUCUGAUUUAUGUUUUCACGUAUAUCCAAGCACCAUAUUAAAGUAGAUGUGCCAUCAUAACUUAAGUCAAUGUAAUGUAUUUAAAAAUAUUUUGUGUAGAAGAAAUACCAAUUAUUUUAAUUAAUUUUACUAUUAAAUGUAAGCCAGAAAGUGUUUUUUUUAUAAUUAAGUUCAUUUAAGAAAACACCUUUAUUUUUACCUACAUCUCAGUAACAUGAAAUACAGGGAUAUUCAAACAAAAAAAAAAACACAAUAAUAAUUAAGUUGAAAUUAAUUAAAACAUUUGGUCUAACAGCUAAAUGUAAAUACUAUAAAUGUUAUUAUGUAUGUAGGUAUUGUUUCAUGAAUAUACAUAUUUAUUUUACACAA